UAAAUGCCUCCUUCUCUGCUCUCCCCUCCAGCCCUCCUCUCUCCUGCAAACACCCCUCUGCAUCCACACUUCAGUUAUUAGGUUAACUGAGAAAAUGUCAAACUGUGGAGCCUGCUAAUAUCCAAAUUUAGAUAUUAGCGUGUCAGGUAUAAUAAUGUAUAAUGUGAUGUCUAAUAUUAGAAAAGGAGGAGAAGGCUGUGAGUCAUGCCGGCUGCAGAGCAUCCUGUUGCAGUCAUGGUUAAUCAAUUUUCAAUUUGCUCUUUGUUUUUUUUCUCCUCUCCAUUGCUUUAUAUUCUCCUUUAUUCCUUUGGUUUCUCUUUUAUACUCCACUCCACGUCCUGUAUGUCUCCUUGACGUCAUCCCUGUGCCUCAUAUCUCUCAUGUCUCCUUGUUUCUUGUUUCUAUUACAUUCCAUUUUUAAUCUGUUCUUUAAAUUCACCACUCCUCUCCUCUCCUAUUGUUUUUACUUUUUUCAUUUUGCCUCCUCUUCUGCAUCUCUCCCUUUAGUGUUUUCUCCUCCUCCUUUUUUCUCUUUCCUCUCCUGUCCAACCCAUCUCUCCUUUAAUUUCAUCCCUAAUUUUGUUCCUUUCCUCUCCUCCACUCUCCUUUUCUCUUUCCUUUCCAUUUCAAUUUUUUGUCCACUCUUGACUUAUGUCUUUCUCCUCUCCUCUCCUUUUUACUCUUUGAGUCAUAUUGCCUCCUCUUCUGCAUCAUUGUCUUCUCUCUCCUUUUUAUCUUUCCUCCCCUCACUAAUCCAUACGUUUCUCCUGUAAUUUUAUCCGUCCUGUCCUCUCUUAUCCCUUCCCUUCUGCUCGUUUCCUUUCCUCUCUUUUCCUUUUUCCAUUCCAUUUCUACCCUUGACUUAUGUCCUUCAACUCUCCUCUCCUCUCCUCUCCUCUCCUCUCCUCUCCUCUCCCGGCCGCAUAUCCCCUCUCACCAUCCAUCCGCGCCCCCGAGGACAAACCGCGCUCCUCUGCACCCCGCCCGGCUGCGCGCUGUGUGUGAUGUGUGUGAUGAGGGACCGCGGGGAGGGUGAGCUCGAGAGCGUGUGUGUGUGUGUGUAGUUUGUUGAGUGUGUCGAUGCGAGAGAGAGAGAGAGAGAGAGAGAGAGAGAGAGAGAGAGAGAGAGAGUCGAGCAGCGGGCGCGGGGGGCGCAGUACCGAGGACAGUUUUCUCUCCCACUCUUUCAUACUAACAUCAGAUACUAUGCUUAUUGCUUCGAGUGGCUGGCACUAGAACACAAGGGCAGCUGAACCCCCACAACCCCAUGAGUUUGCUUUGGCCUGCCACUGAGUAGGAGCUCUAUGUGGAUCAAGAGUUGAAGAAGGAGCCGACCCGAGACUGGUGGUGAGCUAGUCGCACCACCCUCAGCUCUACGCAGCGUCUCCCCCUCCCACCUCCCUCUUCCUCAGCCUAAUCCCCUCUUCCUCUACUUCACCCCUUCCUCCCACUUCUUGUGAGAACCACACGCCAUCAUGUCUCUCUUGGCCUCUCCCACCCACGUCCUCCUCCUGCUCCUCCUCUUCUUCCUCCCCCUGCCUCCUUGCCAGUCAGAGUCCCAGCGCACUGACCCCAGCAGCGGCACUGAACUCCCCCGGGUGGUCUCACCCUCUAUGUUUCCUUCCUCCUUCCCACCAUCCAUGUCUUCUGGAAACAACACCACAACUGGCAAAAAUCUGAAGUGUGAGGAAGUGUCGGUGUGUAGGCCGGGCAUCCUGCUGCCCGUCUGGCAGCCCAACCGGCCCGGGCUCGGCGACCAGGUGGCCAGGGCUGUGGUCUACUUUGUGUCCCUCAUAUACAUGUUCCUGGGAGUGUCCAUCAUUGCAGACCGCUUCAUGGCAUCCAUAGAGGUCAUCACGUCACAGGAGAAGGAGGUGACUAUCACGAUGCCCAACGGGGAAACAUCAGUGGCAACGGUUCGAAUCUGGAAUGAAACAGUCUCCAAUCUGACACUCAUGGCUCUCGGCUCCAGUGCUCCAGAGAUAUUGCUGUCUGUUAUAGAGGUGUGCGGUCACGACUUCAAGGCUGGUGAGCUGGGACCAGGAACCAUCGUCGGCAGCGCCGCCUUCAACAUGUUUGUGAUCAUUGGGAUCUGCGUGUGGACGAUCCCCGAAGGCGAGACCCGCAAGAUCAAACACCUCAGGGUGUUCUUCAUCACCGCCUUCUGGAGCAUCUUCGCCUACAUCUGGCUCUACCUCAUCCUUUCUGUCAUGUCGCCGGGCGUGGUGGAGGUGUGGGAGGCCCUGGUGACCCUGCUGUACUUCCCAGUCUGUGUCAUCCUGGCUUGGAUCGCCGAUCGCCGCCUGCUCUUCUACAAGUACAUGGGCAAGCGUUACCGUGCCGACAAGCGCCACGGCAUCGUCGUGGAGACCGAGGGAGACUUGACGCCCAACAAGGGCGGCAUGGAGAUGAUCAUAGAUGGCAAAUUCCCAUCACGAGGGGGUGCCGUGGUCCCCGCCGAGAACUGUGGAGGUGGAACUCAGGAUGGCCCAGCGGGCACUGCAGCCAAUAACAUCGGCGCAGGGGCCAACCUGCCCAACUCCAACAGCGCAAUGGUCAAUGUGGAGAGCAGCAAGGAGCUGGAUGAAAGCCGCAAAGAGGUGAUUCGUAUCCUGAAGGAGCUGAAGCAGAAAUAUCCUGACAAGGAGCUGGACCAGCUGGUGGAGCUGGCCAACUACUACGCACUGCUGCACCAACAGAAGAGCAGAGCUUUCUAUCGUAUACAGGCAACUCGAAUGAUGAUUGGAGCUGGAAACGUCCUGAAGAAGCACGCAGCCGACCACGCUCGCCGCACAGCUAUAACCGACGAGGAAGCACCAGAGGAAGAGGACAUGGGGAUAUGCAGCCGCAUCUCAUUCGAAAGCGCCCACAGUCAGUGCAUGGAGAACUGUGGCACUCUCACACUGACUGUAGUCUGCCAAGGCGGACUGGGAGAAAACACCUUCUAUGUGGACUACAGGACAGAGGACGGUUCAGCCAACGCUGGGUCAGAUUACGAGUACAGCGAAGGAACACUGGUGUUCAAACCUGGAGAGACUCACAAAGAGAUUAAGGUCGGUAUCAUCGACGACGACAUUUUCGAAGAGGACGAGCAUUUCUUUGUGCGCCUGCUGAAUCUGCGUGUUGGCGACGCAGAAGGGAUGUUUGAGAGCGACGAAGUGGGUGCCGCCCCGAAAGCUCGCUUGGUUGAGCCCCUGGUUGCUACAGUGACCAUCCUGGAUGAUGACCACGCUGGCAUCUUCACGUUCAGCGAGCGCAUGGUGCGGGUGAGCGAGAGCGUGGGCACCAUGGAAGUGACAGUGGUGCGCAACUCAGGUGCCCGCGGCACCGUCAUCCUGCCGUACCACACCGAGUCAGGCACCGCCAAGGCCGGGCAAGACUUUGAGGACGCCCGAGGAGAGCUGGAGUUCACCAACGAUCAGACCACUCAGACGUUCCAGGUGAGGAUAAUUGAUGAUGAAGAAUAUGAAAAACAUGAAAACUUCUUCAUUGUGUUGGAGGAGCCACGCUGGCUUAAGAGAGGAAUCUCAGCUCUGCUGCUCAACCAAGAGGGGGCAGAGGGGCAGAUGAGUGCCGAGGAGGAGGAGGCCCGCAGGAUAGCUGAGAUGGGGAAGCCCAUCCUGGGAGAGCACAGCCGCCUGGAGGUCGUCAUCGAGGAGUCGUAUGAGUUCAAGAGCACUGUUGACAAGCUCAUUAAGAAGACCAACUUGGCGCUGGUGAUCGGCACACACUCCUGGAGGGAGCAGUUUGUGGAGGCGGUCACUGUCAGCGCAGGUGACGGUGACGAUGAUGAGGAGGGUCGUGAAGAGCGCCUUCCAUCUUGUUACGACUACGUCAUGCAUUUCGUCACCGUCUUCUGGAAGGUUCUGUUCGCCUGCGUCCCACCUACAGAGUACUGGAACGGCUGGGCCUGCUUCUUAGUCUCCAUCAGCGUCAUUGGCCUCCUCACCGCCGUCAUUGGAGAUUUGGCGUCACACUUCGGCUGCACUGUUGGGCUCCGGGACACCGUCACCGCUGUGGUGUUUGUGGCAUUGGGAACUUCUAUUCCAGACACCUUUGCUAGCAAAGUGGCCGCCAUGCAAGACCAGCAUGCUGAUGCCUCCGUUGGUAAUGUCACCGGCAGCAACGCUGUCAACGUGUUUCUUGGGAUCGGCGUGGCGUGGUCAGUGGCCGCCAUCUACUGGAGAGUCAAAGGGAAGAAAUUCAAGGUGGACCCGGGGUCGCUAGCCUUCUCCGUCACACUCUUCACCAUCUUCGCUUUCAUCUGCAUGGCAGUUCUUCUGUUCAGACGCCGGCCCUCCAUUGGUGGAGAGCUGGGGGGCCCAAAGGGGUCCCGCCUCGUUACCAGCCUGCUGUUCUUGGGUCUGUGGUUCCUUUACAUCCUCUUCUCCAGCCUGGAGGCCUACUGCCACAUCAGCGGCUUUUAAAAAGGAAAAGUUCUGGAAGAAUAUUGCACAGCAGCACACACAUAUACUUUAACACUCAGUCCAUACAGUACACAGUUCAACAUGAGUGUAAGAUUCAUCUGUUUGAUAGGGCUCGCUGCAGCUUGGAAGUGUCCUGAUCUUUGAUACAGGGAUACUAAAACACUACAUGUUCAAACACACACACACUACUUGUACGCAUGUGUAAACAGAUCAUAACAAAUAUGCACACACAAUUACAGGCAUGAUAAAGGGCGAGAGGAAGUGUUAGUGAGGGGCGAGAAGUGUGAAUAGAAAAGGUUGCUGCAGCAAAGUUAGCAGAGAGAAGACAGAGAAAGAAAGAGAUUGUGAAGUUGAGAUUUUAGAGGUGAAAAGAAGGUCAGGUGGGUUUAGGCUGGAGAGGAGUCCUGUAGGAUCAGAACACAGAUAGAGAAGAGGAACAGAAACUUGUGCACACCGGACUAAAUGUUUCCAUUUGAGUUGCAGUACAGGAACAAUACCUUUGUUUUCUGUGACAAAACCUGUCCCUCCCGCCUCUCCUCUGUAUCACCUCUGUAUCUUUACUGGUACAGCUUCACGGUUCUUCACUGAGGAGGGGCGCUGUGUGAAAACAGGAGUGGAAUGUUUACAAUAACAUUAAGUUUGUUUACUACAAGAGGUUCUUAUAAAGUGGUGAUGCUUGUCUAAUUCACUGUAUAGAUGAAGGCGGUUCUCCACAUGCGCUGUAAAUAGUAAAAACCAGUGUACUGUACAUAUAGAGUGUUGUGUUUUCAGUAGGCAGAUGAUGCCUUCCACUGACGAAGUUAGAGAGGGUGGAAAUUUGACAUGACUAUUGUCAUGUUAGUGAAAACGGAAAAACAACAGUCAGGUCUCUGCUUCAAUGUUUUUAAAAUCCAUACCUCCCCAGCAUCCUGCGUUCCAGUCAGCUGUGUCUCUUUACCAAAUGGUUUCUGUGGUAACCAUAGCCCCUCUGACAUAGGUUUGUAUAUCAAACUGAUGGAUUAUGUUUUUGCAUGUACAGCCAGAUAUGGAGCAUUUUCACACAAUAAGUCAUAACUAUACUAUGUAAAAGGGAAUGAUCAGAAUCCACCUGUAAAUUACAUCCCUGCAUUUGUGUGUCAGCUGGUCCGUGAUGUUAAUCUUCUUGUGUAAAGCUGUGUGCGUGUAGGCAGACAGGAUGGAGGAGAGAAGUUUGGUCCAAGAGGAACAAAAAGGACAUUUUCCUCCUCAGAAGGACCAAAUAUGUUCCCACACACACACGCACCGUGUGGAGUGUAACCAAAACACACAUGGAAACUUUGCUCAAGGCUUUUUUCUCAAUCCAGAUGGACUGAAAUCUGAGGACAGACACUAAACUACAGUCACUCAUCACUAUGUCAUUAUGGGUAGUGACAGACUAAUCCAUUAAUGUGGCAUGUAUCCUGACAGACUAAUCCCUGACCUUUAGUGACAGCAGCACGGUAACAUGCAUGGAUGGUCAAACAAGACUUAACAGUGUUAGUUUACUUUCAAGAGUGAAGUCUCUAGAGCCAGUCAAUAACAUUUAAGUCAUUUAAAAACUGACAGUCAUCAACAUUCAGUCUACAGCAUAUUGAUCAGGACGCAAGAUCCUUAUCUACACUAUAAUUAGGAUGCAGGAUGCCAGUCUACACCAUGCUGAUGCUUCAACACGGCACCCAUACAAUGCCUUAAGGAAAACUCUCAAGUUAAAGUCUAGUAUUCAAGCUUUCAGCUGUACAGAGCUGCACUUUAUUUGAUGUAAAACAUGCUAUGUUUUUCUUUUUUUUUAGUCGACAAACUAUUAGUGUGCAAUACAUGAAGGGACAGUCACUGGAGGAGACAGCUAUGGACUGUCUGAAGUUUCCACUGGUUCAGCUGACUAAUGUUACACUGAAUCCAGGUCUUCUCCUUUGGGACCCAAACACCAGGAAAAAUGUUGGCAUUGCAGGUUUCUGCAAACCAUGGAUACGUUACAUUUCUAAGUUACUAUGCUGCGAAUACGUUAAAACUUUACAUUUAAACAAUGUAGUGGUGAAGUUUAGAACCAAACACCACUUGGUUUUAAAUAGGAAAGAUCAUGUUUUGGCUCAGAAUAUCUGAUUCUGCAGUGAUAUCUCGGUAAAAAGCAACCACUUUUCAGUUAAUGCUCGCUGGAAAAACAGCAACAGGUUACUAAACAACACUUAAGUUUGAGGGCUAAAAAGCUCAAAAGCUUACUCACUCAACAACAACCAGUUUUUGUGGCACUAUUCUGGCAUUAAACACAGCAAUUUCUCCUUAAAAAACAUCCACUUUUUGUGGCUCUAUCAGGUGUGGAAACACAAUGACGGGUUGCCAAAAACCACCCUCAUUUGGGGGCUAAAAGGCGGCUUGAAACACAGCGAUGUGUCGCUAAAAAAAGUGUUUUUGUGGCAUUAUCCUGGCUGCAAGUUCAACAGUGUCACAUUACAAAACAACCAGUUUAUGUAGCAUUUUCAGUGGUGAAAACAGUGACAGGUUGCUAAAAAACACCCACAGUUAGGGGCUAAAAAGCCACUGGAAACAUAGUGACGGCUCGCUAAAAAACAACCAGCGUUGUUGUUGGUCCACAUCCACUAUCCCCUCCUUCUCCUGAUGACAAAGUCAGCUCACAUCACUUAACAAACAUUGAUAUGAUAUGUAUGAAGCAUGCAGAUGUAAGGUAUUCAUGGUUUACAGAAACGUACAGCGCCAGCAUUUUCUCCUGGUGCCUGGGCUGUAUGGGAAGACUUUGUUGUGAUUUGUCCCUGCACAUCCAUCUGUGCUCAGAGCACAAUACGAGUACCAAACAUGCUAAAAAAUUGAUUCUGUACAGUGUUUAAAAGAAGUAACUUACUAAGGUCUAUCAUCUAAUGCUCUCAGUCUGUAGGUCAUCACAAAGAAAAGUAACACACACCAAGGGUUGCAGCGACGUGCUGAUCACUGGAAGACUCUGUCUUUUAAUCAGAUGACAUUUCGGCUCAUCUGAAUAAAAGAGAAAUGCAAAUGGAGCCAGAGUGCAAUACUAUUUUCCUACCUUACAGUCUGCAGGUCAGCAGCAGACAAUGAUUUGCUUUGCAGACAGCUGUCAGGCAGUCCAUUACAGGUUUAAAUCCAGGACAGUUUCUGUAGUCUUAGCACCAUAGCAUAGGGUGUUUUCACUGUAAAAUUCAUUAGAAAACACUGCCCCUCAAGGCAUAUAUAUGUUGCUCAGUAUUGCAUGGCAGAGUUGGAACACACAGUAAAAUGUCCACAAGCUACUGAGACUACUGGCUGCUUAAUAGACAAUUUAAUAAAACAGAACCAGAACACACAACUAGAGAAGUGCAAAUCAGUGAAAACUACUGCACCAGCAUUUCAGUUUCAUUUCUUUCAACACUGAGAUACAUAAAGCUGAGAAGUCAGUGCAUGAAAAAAUCUCAAAGCAAGCGCAGUGAGCAGUGUGCAACAUCACAGUACGAUGAUAAAAUAGCCAACUGUCGCGUUAGACUAGAAGCAUCACGAGUCCAGCAUCCUUUUCUACUUUGAUUUAUCAUGUCGACGCAUCACAGUCAAUGUUUUGAUUACUGUAAUACUCACUGCCUAAUAUCAGUCACAUGAAGUACAUUGCACUUUGUGCUGCAGGUGCAUCACAAACAUUUCACAAACAAAUGAUAAGUGCUAUACAAGUGGAAAUUGUCGUUAUUACACACGAUAAUAUCAGAAAGAUUUGAUUGGUUUACCCUUAACUAACUAUACUUUGUAAACUUUCUAAAACAGAUUUUGUAUCUUUUCCUUGCGGAUAAAGCCAAGGUAGAUUUUUUUGUAUUUCUAAACAAUGUUUAGAAUAGUAUCAAUAUAUACAAUUGGUAGUGUAGAUUGCGUCUUAAUGAAUUUAGUGGAUGAGGUUUUGAUAUAUUUUCCACAGCGAGGAAGCUCCCCUUUGAACCGCUCAAACAGUGUAGUGUAUCAUAACCAAACAAUAUCCCAUCUAAUUUACUGAUGAAGUACGUUCGUGUCUAUGUUACUUAUGUGUAAGAUUAUUUAUUUAGAUAUUUAUUUAUUUAAAAGAAGAUUAUUUAUCUAUGGAUAAGCUGUGCCGCAGGUCCUUGAAGCAAAAAGUUCAGAGUUUAGUUCAAGGCGUGUGGUUUCAAUGUGCAAUACAGAAAACAAAACAUAUUUCGUUAGUAGCUUUGACAAGAGGUCAGUUCAUAUCUUAUUUCUGCUCCAGUGUUUGUUGUAACCCUCCGCCAGCAUUCAUUUCUUCAUUCAGUUCUCUUGGAGGAGGAGUUUUUGAGUGUAAGUAGCAUGUUUACAUGAAGAAACAGUGUGGAACAUUGCCAGUAUAAUUGUCAAUCUUGGGUGGUCAUGAGCUAAAGAAGGACUUUCUGUAGAUAUCAGUGGUGGCUGUGGGGCAGGUCAGUGCUGUCUGAGAUUGUAACAGUAGUUUAACUGUAGUCUACUCACUAAACCACCAGGUGGGACCAAGAGUAUACAUAACACACACACACACACACACACACACACACACACACACACACACACACACACACAGAUCUGCUGAACUCUUGUUUAAUCUGUGACUGGGAAAAGAAUGCAUCAGGUUGUGUACCCAGCAGCGUUGUCCCAGCAGGUGUGACCCCGGUGUGGCUCAGCACCCAGAAACAGAACUGUCUACAAUGUCCGGACAAUGUUCCAUGUUUCCAUGAACUUCUGUACUAACUGUCUGGCUUCGGCCUUUGCUGUUCUGUAUCUAGAUGUGAUGCCUCCCCAUCCAACCUCUCCUCCUCACCCAACCCUCCCCCAGUGUGUGUCUGUGUUUGCUUCCCCUCCGUGUUCCUCUACAGAUGCAUGAUGAAUCCCCGUGUUCGUGUGUUAGCAGCAUGGUCUACUGUGAUGGACGCCUUUUGGCAUAUUUUACCCAUGGGGGUGAUUCCCCACAGUUUGAAUCCCAAAAACCAGAGGCUCUUUGUGAAAUAAAAUGAGCACACACAGACACAACCACAACUCCAUACUGAAGAGAAACAUUCACACAGAGACAACAUUUAUGGAUUCAGUGUCUAUGGCUCAUUCGUUUUGUUCCCUUUAGAAGCUGUGAAAAAAGAGCGUGCUCUGUUGUGUCAAAGCUCCGUCUGCAACAAGCAACAUCCCAGGUCAUCUUUUUGUUUGUUGGUGUACGAUAUUUCUGUGUCUGUGUUAGUGUUCCCCCUCUUCUUCUUCUUCUUCUUCUUCUUCUUCUUCUUCUUCUUCUCUUGUUCUCCCAUUCGCUCCCUCCCAGGUCUUGCUCUUCAAUGUGUCUCUCUGUGAAGUUUUUUCCUGUGAUGAUGAAAAUUUCUCUCUCUGCCUGAACCUUUGUAGGGAAAUAAUGACUGAGUUACUACAAUAUCAUGUGAUAGACAUAAACAUUUAUUCAAUACUGUAAUAAAUUAUUAACUGAAGAUGAUAUUUAAGUUUUUUU